AUGGUGCAGGCUUCGCUGCUCGUCGAUCCUAGACUGGACGACGUGCGGGCUGCGAUCACCGAAGCGCACCGGGCCUGGGCACUGCAUUCAGGCGAGGAGCUCAAGGACGAGCAGGUCGAAGAGGAGGUGCACCCCGCAGCAGAGUACCCGUCCCGCCCGGGCAAGAAUCUGUCGGAAGUGUUGGACAACCUGAGAGCCCUGGCCUACCUCGGCAUCCGUGCCGACGCGCUGUCCGUCACCGGGAGUCACUGCGAGCCUGAUCAGGCCAGGCGCGUCCGCCUCUCCAUGCCUGGCACCUUUGUGGCCCUGCUGGGCCUCCCCACGCCGGGCGGCACGGCCCCGAUCUGGGCGACAAUCGUUGGGCACGAGGAGGCUCAGGGCGCCCUCCGACGCCCCUGGGCUGGCUCUCGGCACGCCGUGUUCCGGGCCUUCACCCAGCUGGCAAACGGCACGGUCUUGCACGAGCUUCGGACAGGCUCAGCAGGGGUUGCGCCUGCGGAGACAGCAAUUCCCACCGCCCUAGAAACCGUCGUCCUCUGGCUGGCCAGCUACUCGGAUCUCUUCAGCCGCCCCGCGACCUCCACGAGGCGCCUGCUGCAGAGGGAUGCCGCCAGCGGGGCCCUCUUGCCCCCCCUCCUGCGCCCACACACGCUGAGCUGGCACAGGCUGGGCCUGGCAGCCAUGGAUCCCUCCCAGCGCACCGCCGAGCACGCCUCUCAGUCGCUGGCCCCAAUACUCCCAGCUGAUUGA